GAAGCGCAGUGAGCUCCCGCCUCGCGCAGGGGUCGGAGGUCACGCGCGCCGACGGUGCGGGGUGAGGGGGUCUCGCGGUGCUCUGCUGCGUUCAUGGAGGGCUCUGGAGACGAAGAGCCGGAGGCUGAGGGGCCGCUGCAGCAGCUGGUGAAGCGGCAGCGUAAGGAGAAGCGAGAGCUCCAGGCAAAAAUUCAAGGCAUGAAAAAUGCUGUUCCCAAGAAUGAUAAAAAGAGACGAAAACAGCUGGCUGAUGAAGUUUCCAAACUAGAAGCAGAACUUGAACAGAAGCACAAGGAGGAAUUAAAGCAGCUGAAGGAAGUUUCACCUGAGCAGAAUAAGACAGAUUCUGUAGCUGAUGGGGUUGCAAAUUUAGAGCUUGAAGGAGCAGAGCAGCAUAUUCAGCAUCCUCGAAUAUCAAAAGCACAGAAGAGGAGGGAGAAAAAAGCUGCUUUGGAGAAAGAAAGAGAAGAAAGAAUAGCUGAAGCUGAGAUAGCAAACUUAACAGGUGCUAGACAUCUUGAAAGUCAGAAACUUGCUUCCCUGUUGGCAGCAAGGCACUUGGAGAUUAAACAGAUCCCUUCAGAUGGCCACUGCAUGUACAGAGCUAUUGAAGAUCAGCUCAAGGAUCAACACAAUUCCUGGACUGUUGCAACUCUGAGGAAUCAAACAGCAAAGUAUAUGCAGAGUCACUUUGAUGACUUCCUGCCAUUUCUUACAAAUCCUAGUACUGGUGAUAUGUACAGCAGAGAAGAAUUUGAAAAAUACUGUGAUGACAUAGCAAAUACAGCUGCAUGGGGUGGUCAGCUGGAACUAAGGGCUUUGUCGCACAUUUUGCAAACACCUAUUGAAGUUGUGCAAAUGGAUUCCCCUCCCAUUAUUGUUGGUGAAGAAUAUUCAGGGAAACCAAUAAUACUUGUGUAUAUGAGACAUGCCUAUGGAUUAGGUGAACAUUACAAUUCUGUAAAACUUCUAACAGACACUCUUACAGAAAACGGCAGCUAGCAUACAAAAUCAGAUAUCUACAUGGAUAACAGUUGUAUCUUGAUGUGUUGGGCUCCAGACAAUUCCCAGAUAGACUGGAAAGUAAAACUAAAUGUAAUGGAUUAAAAAUGAAAAAUACUUACAAGGUUUGACUGUAAAUCAGAAAUAGCUCUUGAUUUAAAACAAAACCAAACAACAGUAUUUUGAACUUGUUGAAAUUAAUCAUGCUUAGAAGAUCUGCUCCAAAAGGAUGGCUGUGUAGAUUGGAUCUUUCUUUCUUCUUCUUUUUUUUUUUUUUUUUUUUCCAAUAGAGCUUCUUCCCAUGCUGUAGUGAAAAUACCGAGUAGUAACUGUUUUGUUAAAUCUGCAUUUCUGCUGCAGAGUUCAGAUUACCUGAAGGUUCCUGUUACAUUCUUUCUGGCAGGUUUUGAUUACUGCGGAAGAGUAAAGGCAUUUAAAAGAUUUGAUUUUA